UUGAAAGUGAACAGAAAUAAAACCUGUGCUCUUACACCUUAUUUUGUUUUUCAGAAUUCAAUCCGUCACAACCUGUCUUUGCACAGCAAGUUCAUCAGAGUGCAGAAUGAGGGAACAGGGAAGAGUUCUUGGUGGAUGCUCAAUCCCGAGGGUGGAAAGAGCGGCAAAUCUCCCAGGAGACGAGCUGCGUCCAUGGAUAACAACAGCAAGUUUGCAAAAAGCAGGGGCAGAGCUGCCAAGAAAAAAGCAUCCCUUCAGUCUGGUCAAGAGGGAAACGGUGACAGCCCCGGAUCACAGUUCUCGAAGUGGCCGGCGAGCCCCAGCUCUCACAGUAACGAUGACUUUGAUAACUGGAGUACGUUUCGACCUAGAACUAGCUCUAAUGCUAGUACAAUUAGUGGAAGACUUUCCCCUAUUUUGCCAGAGCAAGAUGAUCUUGGAGAUGGGGACGUGCACUCCAUGGUAUACCCGUCGUCGGCCACCAAAAUGACUUCUACUCUACCCAGCCUUUCAGAGAUGAGUAAUUCUGAGAACAUGGAAAAUCUUUUGGAUAACCUUAAUCUUUUGUCACCUAAUACAUCAAUGACUGUGUCAACCCAGUCUUCAUCUGCUACCCUGAUGCAGCAAACGCCAGGUUACUCGUUUGCAUCCUCGACCACAAGUAUAGGUUCAGCAAAUCCAGACUACAGGAAAUUUACUUAUGCUCAAGCUAGCAUGAACUCUUUGCCCCAGAUUCCUAUGCAGACUCUUCAAGACAGUAAAUCAAGCUACGGAUCGAUGAGCCAAUACAAUUGUCCUGCAGGACUUCUGAAGGAGUUACUGACUUCUGAUUCUCCUCCGCACAAUGAUAUCUUGGCAUCAGUAGACACUGGUGUUUCCCAGCCUGGUGGCAGGGCACUGGGCCAAAGUGUGCUGAUGGUCACUAACUCGGUGAUGCCAACAUAUGGCAGUCAACCACCCCACAACAAAAUGAUGAACCCUAAUGCCCGCCCUCACCAAGGACAUAACCAGCCAACACCUGCAGUUAAUGGUCGUGCCUUGUCACACACAGUGAACACCAUGUCACAUACUUCAGGUCUAAAUCGCUUGUCGACGGUGAAGACUUCGUUACAAGUGCCUAUGAGUCACCCGAUGCAGAUGAAUGCUAUGAACCCGUAUGCCCCUGUUAACAGUUGCAACGGCUAUGGAAGGGUGGGAAUCGUUUCCCUCCACCAGGAAAAGCUUCCCAGUGACUUAGACGACAUGUUAAUUGAACGAUUGGACUGUGACAUGGAGUCGAUCAUUCGUAAUGACCUUAUGGAUGGAGAAACGUUAGAUUUUAACUUUGACAGUGUAUUGCCUAACCAAAGUUUUCAGCACAGCGUAAAGACAACCACACACAGUUGGGUGUCAGGCUAGGAUGUAGUAGGAGGCUACAGUUAAAUUCUCCAGACUUGUCUGACAGCAGGAACUGAGAAAGCAGUACAAAGAUGUCCUUCACCUUCCUUUUUAAUUUUCUUGACAAAGCUGUGCGCAUGCACUAGCUUUUUUGGGGGUCUUUUUUUCUUUUUUCUUCCUUUCAUCAGAGCUGGCAGCAGAGAGAGUAUUUUCCUGUACAGGAUGUUUGCCCAAGGUUUGCAGGUUAUGCGCUGCUGUAGAUAAGAACUGUGCCAUUGGAAAUUUCAUUACUCUGAAGUGCCAAAUUCACUACACCAUAUAAUCACAGCAAAGACUCUUACAUCAUGUUGUGCUUUCGGUUUUGUACAGUAUGAUCUGUAGAAGAAUUGUUUUUUAAGACUAUCUGUUUUGGUCCAAGAAAAGUUUAUAAACUUUUGUAAGAAUACUGUGAUGAUCUCAUGCCCUAAGUAAGUUUAACCUUCACUGAUGUUACCUGUGUUCUGAUGAAUUGAGAUAACUGUGGAAUUGCUUUGCAGCAGUAUGAACUGCUUUAUUUUACUCAAAAUUGCCACACAUUUCGUAUGGGAACAGAAUAGCCUGUUAAAUAUGAUCCUACUAAACUCACUGACUAUUCAAAACAAGCAGCAGGUUAAAUGCCAUUUGAGAAGUUACCUGUAUUCAUGUAAAUUUAUGCAAGAAUAUAUCUGAAUUUCAUAGUUAGACUAAUGACUUUAUUGUUGGACUUAAGAUAAUUUUUGGAGUAGUUUCCAAGCUAUUUUUCUUAUAAUUAAAGUCUACUUUUGUUACAUAGGCAACUUAAAAAAUUGCAGAAUCUGAGAUCUGGCAGCAUUCAUAACCUCUUCAUUUUGUACAGUAUUUUAACUGGAUUAAGUACAUGUUUUUAUAAAUUUCCUAGCGCUUGGAAGCGCUAAUAAAGGAAAAGCUUAAUAAGUAUCUUGAAAACAAAAACAUUUCUGUCCCUUUUUUGUUGUGUGAUGUAUAAAUAUAGACAACUUUAUGUUUAGGAAAUAUUUAAUCAGUUUUAUAUAUGCAUUUUUAGAAAUGUCAUCUGCUUCUAUUAUCAUUUUAACUCUGACUACCACAAAGUGUUAAGUAUUCACUGUUAGAUGCUUGUACAAUGCUUCACAUUUAUAUUUAUUUCAUGGAGGUCUCAUAAUGUUUGUGCACUCAAGAGCAGGACCAUUUGGAGAAAGUUCAUAAUUUCGGUAAAAUUAAUGACAGAAUUGUCCUGUGUCUCAAUUAGCACUAGAUUUAGGGUCUGUCAAAGUGUCUGUUGUCACGCAGGAUGUUUGAGGAGGUGAACGUGCUACUACUUAAUGGGAGGCUAAAAUUUCUGUGAUCCUCUAUUUUAGGGCAAGAACAUUACUUUUUUUGAAGUAAGAAAGAAAAAGUAAGUGUCAAAGUUAUACAAAUAUACGAACUUCAGGGCAGGGAAUAGAAUUUAUGACAGAGGCCUUGCUUCUAUAAAAAAACUUUUGCUCUUGUUUGAGUAGGCACACUGACAACUACCUGAGCGUUUUCAGGAUUUGGGUCUUGGAUAAAUAUUUCUGUAUUUUUGUAAUUGCAUGAUGUGGUUUUCACAGAUGUGUGGAGUACUGGCCUCGUUUGUCUUUUCAUUGGUUGCUACUCAUCAUUUAUGUUACAAAAAUCUUUGAAGCUGCUUUAUGCACUGUCAGUAUGAAGAGUUUUUGUGCUACGACUGGCUGUUGUGAAGAGGGAGAGAAAGAAGUAUUUUCACUAAUUUUUGUUUUCUCUAAGUGACUUAGAACUGGAGAAUGUUCUAAUCGGAACUUAUCUCUUCUCUAGUGAUGGAGUAUGGUGGAGAAAAAAAAUGCAAUGUGCCAAGAAAGCAAAGUUUAAUAAGCCGUGUAUUUAAUGAUCUUGGUAUGACUUUCCUAAAACUCUACAAUAUAUUUAUUGAUGUGCUAGCGUUUAGCUCCCUGCUGGGCUUAAAUCACUUCUAAUUACAGCUAGUCCUACUUUUUUAGAUAUUGUAUUGCAGUUGUCAGCAGUUGCAGAAGUUGAUGUUAAGCUGUCCUGUGAUAUAGGAUCUCCCCAACCGUGAAAUCUCUCUUUGAACUUCUUUUGAGCAAGAUGAAAUUCCUAGUGCUGUAGCCUCUGCGAAGUGGCCUGCUUUUACUGGCAGGUACCUCUAGUAGCAUCUUCACCACCACGUGAAUAGUCCCCAAGACUUGAUUGCAAAUGCUGGCAAUGGAACAACCUAGGACCUCACAAAUGGGUUUCUGAAGAUCCUUCUUUUUGCUGCAUGUGCAAAAAUUUGCUUGCAAAUGGGCACUGGUAUGCAUAGGCCAAAGUAGUCCAAAAGUUCACCUCUGUGCACAAAGGAAGCAGUAUUUAACCCUAAGCUGCAUGGGCUUGCAGCUGAACGUGCUACAUUUAACAAUAUACCUCCUCUUUGUUAUUUACUGCUACUGUAUAGCUUCCUGUAUUCAGAUAUUUUCUUCAUUUGCAGUUAUAACUACGAAUACCAUAAACGUAGCAGUUCCUUGAUUGCCACAAUCUGUAGGAAGCCCCUUGUAAUUAUUAUGAAAAAAUAAUCGUAGAUAAUCAGAUGUUUUGGGUUAUGUGGUCAAAUUUAUUUUCUUUUAAGUGGUGCCAUUCUAAUAUUUUACAAUUGUAAUUCUGGAAUACUGUGAAGUCUGAUGAAGGGCAUAUUGGCUGUCUUGAAAACAAACAUUGUGUGACCUCUAGUAAUAAAUCCUUUUUCAGUAAAAGUAUCAAGUUUCUGGAGUAACUUAGUUUGUCGGAAUUGUUGUAAAUGGUCGGUUUGUGAAUUGUGCGGAUGAUCUUACCUAUGCAGCCUUGUUUUUGAAUUUUCUCUGGUUUGUACUGUUAUUAAAAGUUUAUUGUAUUAUAGAGCUGUUCAGAUAUUUUAAAUAUAAAGAUGUUUUGUUUCCAUAAUAUAGCUAUAUGGUAUAUGUUUAGGUAGUAAAUGCAUUAAUUGGAAAGCUCUGCUUUGAUAAAACUGACAAUUUGCCUACACUUAUAAGCAAAAGUCAUACUGCUUAUUAUUGGCUUAAGUCAACAGAGCAUCCCUAGGAAGAGGAGAAGUUAAAAUUGGACCAAUUAUAAAACAGUAUAAAAUUUGCACUUGUUAAACCACUGGAUGUAUGUUAGUACUUUUUUAUUUUUUUACUGAUUUGAAAUUCCUAUUUUCAUUAUGAAAUUGCUAGGAUCCUUAAUUUAUGACUGAUUUAAAGAAGGUAUUCUCUCUCUCUCUCUCUCUCUUUCUCUCUCUGUCUCUGUUUUUUUUUUUUGUAAUCAUGAUGUAACAUGGUUUAUGCAAACAAAAAGAAAAUUCCUUGGCAUUAAAACUGGCCUCCUUUUUGAGGGUGUUCCACAAACCAGCAAUAUCAUGAGAGAUUGGCAUGUACAUACUGCUAGUUCGGCUUGUGAGUGAUGUGACAGCUCUGUAGUGCUUCACUGCUCUUAGUAACAUUGCAGAAUUUAAAUUCAUAUGUGGAUAUUUUCAGAAAAAGUGCCUGAUGUACUUUUACAGACACAAGAGAACAAUCCCUUACAGUUUGUUGUAUAAAGCCAUAAAUGUAUAUAAAUUAUGUUUAAAAGGUUUUGUGUCCUUUCUUGUAUAUUGAGAAUGAGAUUUGUACCAGGAUUCUACUUGUGAUUAGUAAUCCUUCUACUCCGACGUCGUAAUCCCUUUCGUUACUGCGUAAUCUUUUUAAUGCUCACGAUCCCAUUUGGACAAUCCUGAUGGCAUUAGCAAUUUUAUGUAGAAAAAUACCUCAUGGUACCAAGUCUUGCCUGGCAAGACGAUACCAUAUUAACAAGCAAACACUAACUGCAGAAUCGUUAACAAUUUUUCCAUGUCUUGAUAUAAAGGAAUUUCUUGGAAUUGCUUCUGGAAUUGGAACUGUAUCAGGUACAGUGACUUAAUAGGGCUGUGUUAUAAGUGUUUUAUCACAAGGUAGUGUGCUAAAAGUAACUUGUUUACAAGUCUUUGAGACUAAACGCAAGGAGAAUCCAUGCCUGACCCUCAGAGUUGGUAAGAGAUCUUGUGGAGAGACUUUGUCACUGGAAGCUGCAUUACACAGCAUCAAAUGUUGUUGCCAUUGCUUCAACGAGGCUGGUUCAGAGAAAAUCACAAAAUUUCUGAAACCCUUUCAGAGUGGGUAUUUGUAAGUAUAAGCUCUUAAUAAAAUUGCUAUGACAUGA